AUGGUGGUGGUCGACGUUUUGAGACGGCCGAAGAAACCAGCCGCCACCACCGACGACGACUCGAAUCCCUCCGACAGAGAUCUAUCGGAGUCGCUCGCCAGAGCCAAUGCUACUGCCGCAAAAUUGAUAUCUCCUAUAGCUGAACUGCUCACCGCCCCUUUUAGCCAUUUCCAGUACGAAAAUGUUUCAGUUCCUGGUGUCCUCCCAAACGGAAAUGUCGCUGUGAAGAGGAUUAAGAACAGCCAUACAAUUAAUGAGAAGCAAUUUUAUCGUGAAGUUAAUAGCCUUUUGACGACUAGCCAUCCAAAUAUAGUCAGGUUUCUUGGCUAUUGUGCUAGUACAGAUCAGACAGCAAUAAAACUUGAAGAUGAAUUGAGGGGACUUGAUUGGAGUGCACGUUACCAAAUAAUAAAAGGAAUAUGUGAUGGUCUAUAUUAUCUGCACAAGGAAAAGCGUAUAUAUCAUAUGGAUCUGAAGCCUGACAACAUACUAUUAGACAAUGAUAUGGUGCCGAAGAUUACGGACUUUGGUCUAUCAAGACUUGAUGAAAUGUCACAAACUAUGACUGUAGACCGUUUCGGAUCACUAGGAUAUUGUGCUCCAGAAUAUCUACACAGUGGCAAGAUGUCAUUCAAAUGUGACAUAUAUAGUUUGGGCAUUAUAAUCACUGAACUGGUGACAGGACAGAAGAGUAUUCCUGAUGAUAACAAAUAUAUUGUACUCCGAAGAUGGAUGCACAGAUGGAGAAAAACAGGAAAUAGAAGUCCACUUGGUUACCAACAAGAAUCUGACCCUUGCAACCGGCCUUUUAUAUUGGACAUAGUGCGUGCUAUCAACGAAUUGGCGAGCACUAAUUCACAAAUCAGUAAUGACAAUGAAUUUACAGUUGGCCAGAUAAGCCCUUACUUGGAAGAUGAUAUGCUUGGGAUUGAGCCGCUCGAGCUGCAUUUUCCUUUUGAGCCUAUCAAAGAGAUGGCAUGCUUACUCCAGCUAACUAAUGAGACAGAUUCUUACAUGGCCUUCGAGGUCCAAAAAAUGAGCCUCCUGCCGUACUGCACAGAACCACACCAAGGCAUCGUUCCGCCACAUUCCAAGUUCGAUGUUGACAUAACAUUGCAACCACAGUACAAGGCACCAAAGCGUGCCAACGAGUUCAUCGUGCGGAGUACCAGAGUGAAUUAUGGUUUUGCAACUGAACAUAUAACUACAGCCACAUUCAAUAAAUCCAUGGGUAAUAUUGUUGAUGAGGUGAAUCUGGAUGUUGUUUUUGACCCCGAGGUAAUCCCAGAAUUCAGCACGCUUCUUGACGUCCACCCGCUUGAGCUCCACUUUUGCUUUGAACCCAACAAGCUGGUGGCACGAUCACUCGACCUAACAAACAAUACAGAUGAAAAAGUGGCAUUUGUGCUUCUGAACAAGAGCAAUGAGGAGACGUGCUUCUUACACAGCUUGCCGACAUUUGGCAUUGUGGACCCUUGGACCACUUACACUCUCAAUGCGGAAGAGUUGGGUAAUGCUGUGCAUAAAGUGACUUUGAAAGGUGUUUGUGCUCUGCAAGGAGAGACAAGAAUUGAGAUCAUAUUGACGGACGAUAUUCAUUCCAUGCUAGGUCAAUACAUCAACACCAUAGAUGCAAAUCAGACAGAGCCAUUGAUUUUAACAGGUCAUUCAUUAGGUUACCUUCAUGUAUGGAACUGUGACACGCAGAAAGUUGGCAACCGGGAUACUUCAGCAGGGCCUUCAGAUGUGGCAGAGACGGUGAGGGUCGACGAAGGGCUGGUGGGGCACCUCCUUGGCCCACGCAGCCAGGCGAGCCUCGGCCAGCUGGUCCAGUUGAAUGCCUCGUGUGCACCAUCUGCCUCGCAGUGGCACUUCGCCUUGGUCACGGUGACACCUAUGGGUCGUUCAGUUCAAGUCCCAGAUGGAGCUAUAGGCAAGCUCUCUGAUAUCUUUGUUUGGUGUCUUGAUUCUCCCAAAUCUAAGCAUACUCUGGAUGACUCGGGCAAGGUAGGCUGCCUUGAUUUCUUCGCACAUGUUAAUGGUCAGCAGUAUUUGAUUACUGGGUCAGAUGACAGGACUGCCAAGAUAUGGGACAUGCAGAAAAUGGAGUGCGUUUGUACACUACCUCACAGGUCUGAAGUUUGUUCUGUCCUUCCACAUCCGAGUCUUCCACUUCUAGUUACAGGUACAAAAGAUGGUCAUAUUAACUUCUGGAGCUCCAGUAAUUUCAGGCUCAAGAGAAUACUUCACAUUGGCAGCCUUUCACCGGUUAAAGGUCUCACACGUUUUAUGGAGCCGGGAAGGGUUGUGGUUGCACAUGAGAAGGCAGUAGCAGUGAUUGAAAUUAAUGAUGAAGAACAUGGUGAUAGCAGCGUCAACAACGAGAAUUCUGUAUCAUCAACAGAUUAG